AUGCUCAGGAAGUCUCUAUUCUAUGGAUUACCUGAUAUUCCGAGAUGGAAAAUUAUUCGAUUAAUGGAUUAUGAAUCCAAAUACCAAUUAGGAAGAUGCUCAAAACGUACAUUCUGUCUCAUCGAUUCAAUUAUCUUCCCACUUGAUCUCAUUAUAUUAAAAUCGCGAAUUGGAUGUAUGGAGAUUGAAAUAUCCACUAACUUUUAUGACCCUCUUACUCAUUAUAUUUUUUCUAAACGAGACGAUGAGAAUUGCGAAAGGAAUAUUGAUGGAUGCAAGUCCAUUGUAAGAGGGGAUUUUAUGAAAACUGCAUUGAUGGAAUUGAGGAAAAUAUUCUGUUACAAAAAUGCAAGAAUUUGUCGUCUCAAUAUAGAAGAAAACUUCAAGAACGGAGAAAGAGAAAUACUAAUCAAUGGAAUCACUAACAUUCUUUCAUCUAUUGGACACCAACUGUCUGUUAAAUUUCUUGAAUUGUUUAGUUGUGGAAAUGGAGACUUCUCUUUGGGUGGAAAAAGAACUAAACUCCAUAUUUUGAGAAAUAUUGUUGAAUUGGAACAAUGGAAGAAAGUGCAGUCUGUAUACAUCUGUCAUGAUCAACUUGAUGUACCAGUUGAAAAUAUCAAACAUCUUUCGUAUUAUCAUAAUGAACGACGGAAAACUUCAAUGGAGAUCAAAACAAUUAUUGAGAACUAUUUCGAAUCGAAAUUCUUCGUCAGAGCCAGAUUCAGGUGUCAUGAGAAUCCAUUUAAUUCUGAUUUUGAUCUACCAUUCCAUUUCAAUCCUUCAACUCAAUUAUACAGAUUUCAAAAAGGAGAGUACGAGUUAUAUGCAAGAAUAACAUCUGACGGAUCUCUUUGUAUUCAAAAAUACGUAAAUAUUGCUGACCUCGUCGCUAGACACGUCAUUUACAGACAGAAUUUGUUGUUGCGUGGGAAGUGUUAUCUACUUGGAAGAAAAGUUCCGUUUAGCUGUGUGAGAUAUGCCUGGAAUCUCCUAGAUCACAUUCAUAAGGGCGAUGUGUUUAAAGAAGAGAGUCGUCAAGUGAAAGUGGCCACGUGUGUUUGGUUUGCAGUUUUCGGCGUUCCUGUUGAAGAAAUCCGAAAAUUCCUCAGAAUGCUAAAGGAAUGGUUGAACGAAGUUCCUGCACAGAGUGUUAUGGAAAUUUGUGGGUUGUUAGGAUUAUCUGAAUCAUUUCAAGAGAUCGCAGUAGGGAUUGCUCGAAAGGCGACUGCAAAAAGAUUGUUUUUCGGUCGUGAUGCAAUGAAUACAGCUGCUGCCACAAUCUUCAUGACAACUAAAGUGUCUUCCGAGAAACGGACAAUCAUAGAGAUUGGAGAGAAGACUAGAACUGGAGUGGCAUCGAAUCUCGAACUAUUCGAAAUAAUGUGGGCUGAAAAAGCUGAAUUGUUACCAGAAUAA